AUGGAUCAUUCCAGCCUGCACGAAUUCAUCAUCUCCUCCUUUCUCAACAACCACCGGCCGCCGACGGUCAACGAGGUCGCCACCCGCUUCGAAACGGAUGUCGCUACGGCGCGGUGUGGCCUACAAGCUCUGGCAGACUACCAUGGUGUUGUGCUGCACCCCAAGUCUGAUGAGGUGUGGGUUGCUCACCCAUUCUCCGCGUCGCCUACAACCUGCGUCGUGUCUUCAAACGAUGGCAAGUGGUGGGGAAACUGUGCUUGGUGCUCCCUCGGAGUGAUGCAACUCAUCGGUGGAAGCGCAACCCUCCGUACAAAGACUGGCGCCAUUGGUGAUGAGGUGUCUAUUACGGCCAGGAACGGACAGCUCGUGGAUACGGACUUCGUGAUACACUUCCCAGUCCCUAUGCGAAAUGCCUGGGAUAACGUCAUCUACACUUGCUCAGUGCAGCUGGUAUUUCACAAUGAAGCUGAGGUGGACGAAUGGUGUGCUACCAGAGGCAUUCCAAAGGGAGAUGUACGCCCAAUCAAGCAGAUUUGGGACUUUGCUGCCGAAUGGUACGGCCGCCAUGCUGAUGCAGACUGGACGAAAUGGUCCCUGUCUGAGGCGACAGAAAUCUUCGAGCGCCAUAAACUGACAGGUCCCAUCUGGGCGAUUAGUCACGAGGCUGGACGCUUCUGA